AUGUCCGGCAGUGCAUUUAGUUCUAGUGCAGCUGAACUUGAAAUUCUCCAGACUCCCCCUCCCGAGUCUGGAAAAGGUUACAUCGUCGACGACGGCGGUUUGCUCUCUCGUGCAGCAUCUGGGACAAUUAAUUCUAAGCUUGCCGCUCUAGAGAAGGAGACAGGCUUCCACUUGAAUGUCAUAACCAUCCGCAAACUUGUGUUCGAGCAGGAUCCAUUCGCCUUUGGCGACAAGGUUUUGGAAACAUGGUAUCCUACUCUUGAAGUUGGCAACGACAAGGGCAACCUUCUUCUCGUGAAAAACUCUAAGGAAGGUGCCAUCGUUGGUGGGCCUGCAUUUCUGAAGGGUGUUGGUGACGACAUUCUUGAUUCCAUCCUUAGCAAGAACAUUCCGUAUAACCUCGAAGACGAAAAGUUCGGAGAGGCUCUGACUUCGUCUGUCGAUCGCAUCGUCGCGGCGCUCGAGGGAAAAGAAGACCCUGGUCCACCGACUAAAUUUAUCAAGGACAAAUCGAAGACAUACAAAACUAAGGAGGAAACCAAUGAAAAACGAGAAGUCUUCUCAAAUGUUGUGAUUGGCCUCCUGGUGAUUUCAUUCGUAGUUCCUAUGGUGCAAUAUUUUGGAUACGUCGCGGGCGAUCCUGAUUUCGAUGACAACUAAAUGUUCUCUGGCAACAGGGUGAUGAUAAUAGAGCUUAAUAGAGCUUACGUUUUUGCAAGUCAAGACUAUCUAUCUCACUU